AGACGGCUUCCCGCAGCCCCCCUUGCAAUGACACGGCGCACCCCCUAGGGGGCGCGCCCCACAGUUUGGGAACCUCUGAAUUAGGGAAAGAACUACCGUUAACAGAUGUGGUUCAUGGGUUCGGACACCGGCGGGGCUACUCCGAUUGUCUGAAUCAUGGGCAGAAGCGGGGCAUAACGUCUGGAUGUAGGUAGUUAGAGCUUAGACGAAUCUUUCCCGCGCCCAGCUUAAACAAAAGUUCUCUAAAUUCUUAUCUGCAGUAAUACUCGGGAAUUAGAGGCUUUUCGGACCCGGGAGAUGAAGAGCUGGUCUGUAGUCAGUCUGCUGUAGAGGGGAGGAGUUAGGGGCGUGGCUGAAUACUGUGGAUUAACAGAGGAAAUGUGAUUUACAGUAAAAGUCAGACCGUUACAUCAUUAAUGACAUCACUAAUGACAUCAUUAAUGGUGGUCACCAGGUGAAGAAGACGUCUUGCUGCCAUCUUGCUCUGCUUGGUUGUUUCUGGUUUCACUUUUUUUUAUGAUGAUGAUGAUUAACGCUCAUAAAAACAUUGAACAUGUUUCAGAAAUAUUGCUGAUGCUUUCUGACGUCUUACUGGGAACCAGAGACCCUGAAAUGUUUGUCCAGUCUGUCUGUGACAGGAAGUGUGUGUCUCCAUAGCGCUGGCUGCCAUGGCAACACAGCUGAUUCCUCCUACUUGGUGGUUUUGAACCGUUUUAGGGUGAAAACCUGUUUGUUUGGCUCACCAUGACCUCCAGUCUCUCUACCGGAGUAUCUGAGGAGUGGCUCUCCAUCAUCAUCAUCAUCAUCAUCAUCAUCAUCAUCACUGUGAUCAUACUAGAGAGGAACUGCCGGGAGUGGCCCAGUGGUUUAUGGCCCCUGCAGAGACCAAAGUCCUGCUGAUAGAGGCUCAGGCUUCAGAUUAGCUGAAGGAGAGGCAUCAGGACGCUCUGACUUCACGCCAAAGGUUUCACCUCUCAGGACUCGCUGCUCUGACUUUCUGCCUUCAGGCUCCAGCAGAGGCUCCUUCAGUCCCAGAUCAUCUUUAGAACUUGGAUUUCUUCUUCUUUUCUUCAUUUUGAGAGGUUUUCCAGAAACGCUGCGACCAUGUCGACGGCAUUGGAGGCAGUGGGGUUCGUCAUGUGCAUGAUUGGCUUCCUGGUCACCGGCGCGGCGCUGGCUAACGACUACUGGAAGAUCUCCUCGGUGUCCGGCAGCGUCAUCGUCUCUCAGAGGGAGUUCGAGAACCUGUGGCACGCCUGCGCCGAGAACAGCGCCGGCAUCGCCAACUGCCGAGACUUUGAGUCCAUGCUGGCCCUCCCAGCUCACGUCCAGGCGUGUCGCGCUCUGAUGAUCAUCUCUCUGCUGCUCGGCCUCGGCUGCAUGAUCGUCUCUCUGCUGGGACUCAAAUGCAUCAAGAUCGGAUCGGUCACCGUGGAGUCCAAGGCCAAGAUGGCCGCCACCGGAGGAAUCAUGUGCAUCCUGGGAGGUAAGCACGCACACGCACACACACACACACACGCAUACACACCCACCCAUGAACUGCCUGACCGCUGCCCCUGCUCCUGCAGGUUCGAGCUCGGUGCCGGCCUCUACAUGGGUUGGGCCGCAGGCUCCCUCUGCAUCCUGGGUGGAAGUCUCCUCUGCAGCGCCUGCAAGAGAGCGUCACCUGCUGGCAAGAACAGAGGUUACCCGGCGAAGGUUUACACGGCCACGGCCCGGACCGACACAGAAUCCACCAAAGCUUACGUCUAAUCACGCGUUUCUAUCUGGACUGUUUCCUCUGGUUUCUAGAAGGUUCUGCUCAAUUUCAAGCUGUGACAUAAAAAACAAAAUAACUUGAAGUUUUUCUCCAUCAACGUUUGUUUCUGGGUUCAGGAUGAAUCUCUGACGUCUGACAGUUUCCUUCUACGCUGAUGAUGUUGCUGUUGCUGUUUUCUGUCUUUUGUUUGAAUUAUUUUAAAUCUUCAAUGUUGGUUUUAUUAAAAGUGAAGAAAAAAU